GUUAAGGGUAUAUAAGAGGUGAUGAUCCUUGUCUGGUACCACUGCUCGUCCUGCGGUACCCGGCUCACAGCGUGCGGCACUCGGCUCACUUCACAACAUGCUUCUCAAGGUGACCCUCCUCGCCCUGGUCGGCCUGGCCCUCUCCCACCCCUACGACACCUACCCCGUUAACUACCACGCCAAGCCAAUGCCGUAUAAGUUCGGUUACGGCGUGCAUGACGAGUACUCCGGCCAGCACUUCAACAGGAGGGAACACUCUGACGGCAAGACAGUGGAGGGAUCAUACAACGUGGCCCUUCCUGAUGGUACCAAGCAGACAGUGAACUACAGGGCCGAUCCCUACAGCGGGUUCCAGGCUGACGUCAGCUACAGCCCAAAUCCUUACGGUCACUGAACGUUCCAACAUAAACGUUCACGGGAAACGUUCGCCACACUUCCCCGAACGUUUCCAAGGUUGCUGGGAACGUUUGGCACAACUUCAGCACCUCUUUCGGACAUCAAUCAAGAAACGUUCGCCAAAAAGAAAACGGAGAUCAAAAAACGUUGCCAAUUUCAACCCUAACUCAAAAAAAAAAAUGUUUCCUUCUCAAUGUUUCUUUAUUUUUCUUUAUUUUCUUUAUUUUUAAGGAUAUUUGAGUGUACCAAUAUUUUUUAAGUAGGGAGAAGGGCAUUAUUAUGUGUGCUUAAGUGUUGUUUGUUGUGUUUUCUUUGUUUUUUUUUGUUUUGUUUUUGUUGUUAGUGUUGUUCGUAUGUGAUCAGGUAACUCAGUAAUGUUGUGUGAAAAUUUGAUUAAAAUAUUGCAACAGUAA